UGUUUUAAUCUCUACUGCUUAAUGUAUUUAAAGUACACGGUUAACAUACCACACCACAUUACAUUUUGUUAAUAAUAUUAAUUGAAAAAGCUAAAUCCUGGCUACAAUGGAUACAUCUAUGUCUGGAAGUGAAAUUCGAAAAACUUUCAUUGAUUUUUUCAUUAAUAAAGGACAUAAAUAUGUUCACUCUUCCUCAACAAUUCCACUGGAUGAUCCAACAUUAUUAUUUGCAAAUGCAGGAAUGAAUCAAUUUAAACCCAUCUUUCUAGGUUCAGUGGACCCAAAUUCAGAUAUGGCUCAAUAUGUAAGAGUUGUUAAUACCCAAAAAUGUAUCAGAGCUGGUGGUAAGCAUAAUGAUUUAGAUGAUGUAGGUAAAGAUGUUUAUCAUCAUACUUUUUUUGAAAUGAUGGGGAACUGGUCCUUUGGUGAUUAUUUUAAAAAAGAGAUAUGUACAUGGUCUUGGGAGUUGUUAACUGAAGUUUUCAAAUUACCAGCAGAAAGACUGUAUGUUACUUAUUUUGGUGGCAAUGCAGGAGCAGGUCUUGAGCCUGAUAUAGAGUGUAAAAAUAUCUGGUUGUCUUUGGGACUUCCAGAAUCCCAUAUAAUCCCAGGUAGUAUGAAAGACAAUUUUUGGGAAAUGGGAGAUACAGGACCUUGUGGUCCAUGCUCUGAAUUACAUUAUGAUAGGAUUGGAGGUCGGGAAGCUGCUCAUUUAGUGAAUAUGGAUGAUCCAGAUGUGUUGGAAAUUUGGAAUUUAGUUUUUAUACAAUUUAACAGAGAAUCAGAUGGAACUUUAAAGCAUUUGCCUAAAAAGCACAUUGACUGUGGAUUAGGUCUUGAGAGAUUAGUAUCUGUAAUUCAAAAUAAGAGAGCAAAUUAUGAUACGGAUUUAUUUAUGCCCUUAUUCAAAGCAAUAGAAAAUGGGACAGGAGCUAGACCCUAUAUGGGAAAGGUUGGUAUUGACGAUGUAGAUGGAAUUGACAUGGCAUAUCGUGUUUUGGCUGAUCAUGCACGAACUUUAACUAUUGCUUUAUCUGAUGGAGGGUACCCAGAUAAUACAGGCAGAGGAUAUGUAUUGCGUAGAAUUUUAAGAAGAGCUGUACGUUAUGCAUCUGAAAAACUAAAUGCCAAACCAGGUUUUUUUGGCUCCCUUGUAAACACUGUUGUAGAAUUAUUAGGUGAUGUCUUUCCAGAAAUUAAAAAAGAUCCUAAGUCUAUUGUUCACCUGAUUAAUGAAGAAGAAAUACAAUUUUUAAAAACAUUAUCCCGUGGUAGAAAUUUACUAAACAGAACAGUUGAAAAGUUAAAUGAUUCAAAAAUUGUACCUGGAGAUAUUGCUUGGCGCUUGUAUGAUACAUAUGGCUUCCCUAUUGAUCUUACUCAAUUGAUGUGUGAGGAAAAAGGUCUCUCUGUUGAUAUGGAAGUGUAUGAAAAGGCAAAAAAGGAAUCUCAGUUAGCAUCUCAAGCCAAAUCUGCUGGUAAUGAAGACUUACUGGCACUGGAUAUACAUGCCAUUAGUCAUUUGCAAGAUACUAAAGUUCCAAUUACAGAUGAUUCACCAAAAUAUGCUUAUGUGCCUUCCACUGUAGAAAAAGAUGCAGUUUAUAAGUUUACUCCAUGCACUGCCACCAUUGUUGCUCUUCGAAUAAAUAAACAAUUUGUGAAUGAAGUUAUUUCUGGACAAAAUUGUGGCAUCAUAUUGGAUCGUACAAGUUUUUAUGCAGAACAAGGUGGUCAAAUAUAUGAUGAAGGAUAUAUGGUAAAAAUUGAAGAUGAUAGUGCAGAGUUUACAGUAAAAAAUGUGCAAGUGAAAGGUGGCUAUGUGUUACAUACUGGUAAAAUAGAAGGCACAUUAAAAGUGGGCGAUAAUUUAUCACUGCAUAUUGACACAGAAAGAAGAAGACUUAUUAUGAAUAAUCACACAGGUACUCAUAUAUUAAAUAAUGUACUGCGAAAAGUUCUUGGUAAUGACUCAGACCAACGUGGCUCACUUGUCAUGCCAGAUCGGCUUAGAUUUGACUUUACUAAUAAAGGUCCAAUGACUACCAAGCAAAUCAAAGAAGCUGAAGAUCAGAUUAAGGAAAUAAUAAACGAUAAUAAAAAAGUAUAUGCCAAACAUACCAGUUUAAGUGAAGCUAAAAAAAUUAAGGGCUUAAGAGCUAUGUUUGAUGAACAUUAUCCAGAUCCUGUUCGUGUUGUUUCGGUAGGAAUUUCGGUAGAAGAAUUAGAAAAUAACCCAGAUGAUCUUGCAGGUUAUGAGACUUCUGUUGAAUUUUGUGGGGGUUCACAUUUACACCAAACGGGACACAUCGGUGAAUAUGUUAUCGUAAGUGAAGAGGGAAUUGCUAAAGGUAUUCGAAGAAUUGUAGCACUUACUGGACCUGAUGCUACUAAAGCUUUUAAUAAAUUGACCAUUUUGGAAAAUGAAGUUAACAAUCUUGCUAAAAUAAUAAAAAUUCAUGGGGACAAUUUACAACAGACAAUUCUUAAAAAAAUUGUUGAGCUUACAAAUGAUAUCUCACAAGCACAGAUAUCCUAUUGGAAAAAAGAGGAAUUAAGAACAAUGUUAAAGAAUAUAAAAAAACAACUUGAUGACAAAGAAAGAGCUUCCAAAACAAUUAUUAUUAAUCAGGUAACAGAAAAAGCAAAAGAAAUUUGUCUUCAGAAUAAAGGUUUAGAAGUUAUUGUUGCUGAAUUGAAAGCUUUUGGCAAUACUAAAGCACUAGACGGUGCAUUAAAACAAGUGAAACAAUUGUGUCCAACCACUGCUGCUAUGUUCUUUUCUGUUGAAAAUGAUACUAAUAAAAUAUUUUGCCUUGCUGCAGUACCGAAAAAUGCCAUUGAAAAAGGAUUACUGGCAUCUGAAUGGAUUCAAUCUGUUGUAACUAUUAUUGGUGGAAAAGGCGGUGGAAAGUCUGAAUCCGCUCAAGCCUCUGGAAAUAAUCCUAAUUCUUUAAACGACGCUAUUAAUGCAGCAAAAAAAUUCGCAAAUCUAAAAUUGUCAUAAAUAUUUUUUGCUUCAAUAUAUUUAUUGCUAUAAAUUUAUGAAUACCAGUUGUUUUUAUCUCAUUCUUAUGUUUACG